AUGGCCGGAGCUUCCCGGAGAAGCACCCGGAGCAAGACUCCAUCCUCUUCCGGCGACAAAAAUGAUGAUCCAUCAAUCCGUAACGUAAAACCAAAUACCAGAAUUCUAAAAUCCGUUAAUCACCUCAUAAACCCCGCGGAAGAGCCUGCGAAACCCCGAGUCGUGACCCCUUUUACUGCUCCAAAACUUAUGGAACUUACUAUGUUUCAAGGGGAGCACAAGGAGAGCUUAUACUGGGGAACGUACAGGCCUCAUGUUUACUUUGGAGUUCGUGCACGGACUCCACAGUCUCUGCUCGCCGGUUUAAUGUGGCUUGGUGUAAGGGAAGGAAGAUAUUCCAUGCGACAUGUCUGCCAAAAUUCAGAUGAACUUAAGACAUAUGGCUGGACACAUCAUAAUGGACGGGAUUAUGGUCGUCAAGUAUUGGUUGACCAAGAAUUCACACUUAUGACUAGCUUUUUAAAAUAUAAGGAGAAGGAGAGUGGCUAUGGAGGAGAUUGGGCAGUUCGAAUUGAAGCACAGAGUGAAAAACAUAGUGAGGAUAUGUCAGAACUUGUGCACCUUUUCUUUUAUGUGGGUGAUGAAGGUGGAGCUGCUAUUGACUUGGGUGGAGGUGUCGUGAACAUUCAUGAUGAUUCCAUCUUGGCAUUUGGUUUGCGGAAUGACGUUGGUAACUGGCAGUUACAUUUAGGGUCAGAGGAUGAUUGUGAGAUUCAUUAUUCUGGUUUCAAGACGCUACACAUUCACAAUUUAUCUGAUCUUGUUGUAGCAAAUCUUGGAACCCAGGCUAGGAAAUUUAAUCGUUUGCAGCUUCCAGAUACAUCGGAGCACUCUCCAAACAUUCUAGUUUUUCAGAUCUCUGCUAGGAUUCCCUUCAGAGUAGAUAUUGUUUUUGUAUCAGGAUCUAGUGGUCAUAAUUCAAGAAUGGAAGAGCGUUUUAGAAGCCUCACAGGUAACUUGUUGACUUCUCGCCUAAAUGAAAAGAAAGACCAGUUUGAUGACAAAUUUGCAAAGUGCUUUAAUAUUUCUGACGAGCUUAAUCCUGAAGCCAAGGUAGUGAGUAAAGCUGCUCUUGGGAAUUUGUUGGGUGGGAUUGGGUACUUUUAUGGCCAAUCAAAAAUUUCACCUCUACCAUCCUCUAAUCUUAAGCUUGGUGAUAAUUUCAUUUCAUAUUGGCCAGCUGAGCUAUACACAGCAGUUCCGAGCCGACCGUUUUUCCCUAGGGGAUUUUUGUGGGAUGAAGGAUUUCAUCAACUAUUAAUCUGGCGUUGGGAUGUUCAUAUUUCUUUGGAUAUUAUUGGGCACUGGUUAGAUCUGAUGAAUAUUGAAGGAUGGAUUCCACGUGAGCAAAUUUUAGGUGCUGAAGCUUUAAGCGCUGUAUGUCCGCGACUGCAAAUCGCUCUUCAAGCAGCAAAAGAACUGAAUUUAAGUGGCUUUGCUAGGUGUGUGGGGGCACUAAGGAAGGGGUUUUGGACCUUUGUGGACAUCAAAUUAUCUUUUUCCUGUCAUAGUUUUGAUCCUUCAUCAGAGAGUAAUAAUUUUUUAUUCGGUGUUUUGGGACACUAUCUUCUGGAUUGGAUGAUUAUCCUCUUUCUUGGGAAGGAGAAUGAAAUUGGAAAGGAGUAUGGUUUGACAGCAAGGCUGCUCUCAGAUUUUGAGCUUUUAAAUAAGAUGCACUUUGAUUAUACCCAUGGAGCUUAUUUUGAUUAUGGAAAUCAUACCGAGCAGGUUCGUCUAAGUUGGCAAUUAAUGAAGCGGGCCAGCGAUUACCCUAUUCAUGAGCUUGUACGAGAAGUUUCUGAGGAACCUGUGCUGAGACUGGUUCCUCAUAUUGGCUAUGUCAGCCUUUUCCCAUUUAUGGGUAGGCUUAUUCCACCUGAUUCAUGGAUAUUAGAAAAACAGCUUGAUCUCAUUUCAAACAGAAGUACUUUAUGGACCAACUUUGGACUAAGAUCUCUUGCCAAGACAAGCUCGUUGUACAUGAAACGCAACACUGAGCAUGAUCCACCGUAUUGGAGAGGGGCAAUUUGGAUGAACAUGAAUUAUUUGAUUCUUUCUUCACUUAACCACUAUUCCAAAGUUGAUGGACCAUACAGAGAGAGAGCAAAGAUUGUCUACACUGAUUUGAGGGAUAAUUUGAUAAGAAAUGUGGUAAGAAACUAUAAUCAGACCGGCUAUUUGUGGGAACAGUAUGAUCAAAAGAAAGGAAAAGGAAAAGGUGCACGCCUCUUUACUGGUUGGACAUCGCUUGUGCUUUUGAUCAUGGCAGAAGCAUAUAACGAGUGUUAA